AUGUUUGUAUGGAAAAUUGGCUCCUAUUUGGAUACCGAAUUCCAAAGGAAUUUGGCUCCAUCGGAAAUCGGCUCCAAUUUAGAUACCAGAAUCCCGCAGGAAAUCAGCUCCGACAUGGACGCCAAAAUCUCCUCAGUCAGGUUUCGGGAUGAGUUCAACAUGGCAUUUCGAAGAUUUAAGACGUCCUCAAAGUAUAAUAGGGGUUUAGGGCAUGGAAUGGUUGAUGGCUUUCACUUCGGGCUGAUGGAUCGGAUUUCUCCCUUCGACUUUUUAUUGGAUGGGUUUCCAUUAACGAAUUGGGAUAAGUUUCAAGUUUCCCACCCUUCGGACUUUAUUGGAUGGGCGGAUUUUCUUCUUCGGACUUUAUUGGAUGGGCGGAUUUCCCCUUCGGAUUUUAUUAGAUCAGGUGAGGAUGAUGGGUGGAUGAUGGAUGGUGAAUGGUGUAUAUAG